CAGAGAGAGAGAGAGAGAGAGAGAGAGAGAGAGAGAGAGAGAGAGAGGUUACAUUCUUUUCACGAACUAAGCAAAGAUGGUGAGGACUCCCUUUAGUAAACAAAAUGAGGAUAAGAAAAAAGGAGAGAUCAAGAAAGGACCUUGGAGUGCUGAAGAAGAUCAGAAACUCAUUACUUAUAUCCGAAGAUACGGUAUCUGGAACUGGACUCAGAUGCCCAAAUUUGCUGGUUUGGCUCGAUCAGGAAAAAGUUGCAGGCUUCGGUGGAUGAAUUACUUGAGGCCCAACAUCAAGCAUGGCAACUUCACCAAACAAGAGGAGGAAACCAUUAGCAAAUGGCAGCAACUGUUGGGCAAUAGAUGGUCUGCGAUAGCUGGGAAACUUCCAGGAAGAACGGAUAACGAGAUAAAGAACUACUGGAACACUCGCUUGAAGAAAUGCGUGAGACCAGAAAAGUCGACACAGGGCCCCGCCCCCCUUACUGAUAAUCGCACCAGUUCGCAGUUAGCUGCUCCUCUUCCAACAGCCAUUGAGUCGGUUAAGAGUGAUUAUCCCAUUAUCUUUGAGAGCCUUUCAGAAGAGACAUCUAUGUCAUCAUCAGGUUCAAGGACAAGUACUUGGAAAGCAUUCGAACUUCAAGAGACAUCCAUCAAUUCUUUGGCCAUUAACGAUUGGGUCAACAAAGAAGCCAGCUGGGAUGCAGAAAUUGCAGGUAAAAGCACUUUACUAGAAGUAGCAAACAAAGAACUGGAUUUAGAUUACUGGGAGGAGAUGAUUCUGCCUCCACAGGAAGAGGCAUCCCUGGAAGAGGACUUCGAUUCCAUGUUUAUGGUCUCUUCUGGGCUCCUUCCACCUGCUGCUGAUUGCUCUUACCCUGAGUUCUCAACUGAUGGACAUCUAGUUUAUGAUAAUCUAUGGGAAAACUAAGAUGGGGUACUAUGCUUUUUGGUAAAUCGCUCGAUUUUGUAAGUUAGUUGUCUAUCGGCUUGUUCAUCAGUUAGUCUUAUUUGAUUGUCUGCAUGAACUUACGGUUAUUUCUUGCUAGCUAGCCAGCUAGCUAGGGUUUCAAUGCCAUCCUGUUCAGUGCAGUAUAUAUAUUAAAGCGACGCUUUCUUGUAGUGUAUACUAA